AGGAACUAAAGCUAUCAGAAAAAAUAAAAAUCCAGCAUAUAUAUUAGUCGAUAUAAAACGGGACGACAAGAUGGAGGAAAAUUCAAACGAAGAUAUUCAAGGCAUCGUAAAACUUAUAUACAAUGGGAAACCAAUUAAAAUCAGAAGCGAAUACAGUUCUGAACCAACAACUCCUGUAACAACAACAACAACAACAACGAAAAAAAAGAACAGGAAAACGGUAGAAAAUACAAUGAAAAAUGAUGUUGAAGAUUUCGCUGAUGUGUUAAAAGAUAAGUUCAAAAAUAGACACCUGCCAGAUACCUACUUAAAGACCAUUACAAUGGAGUAUCUUAAAAAGUUUGAAAAAGCUAACGAUUCUAUGUCUACAAUUGAAAAGAAAAAAAUACGAAUAAAAAGAAACCUCGAAUCGUCUUACGAGAAGCAAACGGAAACGCCUCACGGUCCUCACACAAAGGACGACGAUGAACUUUUUGUAGAAAUAGAAACGCACUUCGAUAAGUCCGGACUAGAAGGAGAGAAAAAACGAAAGUUAGUAAUGAGUCUUAUCGAAAAAAUAAAGAACGCUAUACGUUCAAGUCGUGAAAAUACAUCAAUGGCGCACGCCACGCAAAAAGACAGGAGUCAACGUGAGCCAUUAUUAAAAAGAAACCAAAGUCCACUUGACCGUGAAGCGAUUGCAAGUCCCGUCCAACCUACCCCAAAUCACUCCAGCGUAUAUAGGACUUUGGAUCCUAUUAGCAAAUCUAUGCCAAUAGCAGACCGGUUACCACUCGUUGCUAAUCAAAACGGUCAAACAUGGAAAAAACAAGAUUCUAAACCAAAAUUCCUUAGUAGUACAAAAUCUAUAAAUUCGGCUGAACUAAAUCAACUAGCCGUUGAUUAUAGAAAAGAUAUGAGAUAUCCUGCAAUACCUAAAAGGGUCCAACUUCCCUUAUCGAUUGAUUCGAGUCAAGAAAACACAAAUGCAGAGGACCUUGGUAAAUUACAGCUUCUUUUUAAAGACAUAGAAGGCACCGGGUUCUCUAUUGGCUAUAAUCAGUAUGUAGAUCAAGCACCAGAUCCGGAAAGUAUUAAAUUAUUCCAUGGAAUUGAAGAUAUAAUAAAAAAGUAUCACCAGAAGAAUGAUAGCCCUGACCAACUCGGAGAUCACGAAGCGUACGAAAUGUAUGGACAGGAAAUGAAAAAACGAGAGGUCAAAAAUGAUGAGACAGCUCUACGAACAAAAAGGUUUGUUAUGAACAGACAAAAUAUGAGAGAGUCCGUUAAAAAAGUAAAUCAGCAUCGUAAAAAUGAAUACAACUACAUUUACAACAACCAUUACCGCUCUUUCAAUACCUAUAAAGAAGUACACGAUGUUUAUAAAAGAAGUACUGAAUUUCGAGGAAAUAAUUUACAAGGCAUUAUUUUGAAAAGAAAAGGGAAAUCAUCACUAAUGAACCCGCGUAGAAAAAGGCGCUCUGUCUCUCUCCAGACGAUUAUGAAUUCCAAUAAGAAGAUGAAGCUCAAUAAAUAUUUAAACACAAAAGCUUUUCCACGACAGAAAAAAAUCUACAGAAAAACCAAACGGAGCAAACGGGAGGUAGAUAAUAUCAAUGCUAUUGAUAAAACUGGAUUUAGUGAAAAUAAUGACAUGUUCUUAGUUUUUGGUGGAGAUGUCUAUAAUGAUAACAUUGCAACUAGGCAGAAUCAAAAACCAGAUCUAUUUUUUAUUGAAGUAAUGAAAUCAACGCAAGAAAAUCCCCUUCUUAGAAAUAAACCUCUAUUUCAACCAAGCAACCAACCAUUCAGAUCACGUAUUUCAGAAAUAAAAAAACAGGAUGCGCAUAAUACAAAUCCUAUGUUUUUUAAAAGCACGUCAAAUGAUUUUAUACACAUACAAGAAAAUAAAGAAAGAAAUAAAAGACAACUUCACACAUUAAGAAUAAUCGACAGAGAUAUGGGUCAAAGAAACUCUGAUAUAUAUAGAAAUCAAGACAUAAUAGCUGAACUAGAUGGACCACAAAUAAUGAACAGCGAAAAUGAAGAAAGAGGGGACGAAUAUCACUUUAGCACGCUGAACAAUAUACCAAAUAUGUACAAAGAUUCAUUAAAUUCUGAGCAUGACACUUUAAUAUUCUCAAAUAAAAAUCCGACAUGGCAACGAAUGAUAGAAAAUCCGCUUAUGGCAAAAUACCCUCAUAUAUUUAAAGAAAAAGAGACCAGAGAGGAUCGAUCGCUCUUAAAAAAAUAUCAUCGAAGUAAAGAAUCUAAUACUCCUUUUGAUAAUGAAGAUAUUUAUCAGUCUUCAAAUGUGCAAGACUUAUUAAAAGCUGUUGUGCCAUCUCAUAAGAACAACUACAAAGUUAGCAUUAGGCUAAUACCUCGUCAGAAUGAGAGUUAUGCUGAACCAGGGUUUAAAGAAAUUCACACCAGCAUUAAUAAGUCUUAUAACAAAAGUGGUUUACUCUAUUCAUCACAAGUUAACGUUACCGAAAUAUCUAAAGUUGAAAUAGCUGAUGAUAACAUAAAUAGAACCCAUAUCUGCAAUCAUCAUUUGGAAUCAACAACACCAAACAUUAACGAAACUACGAGUCCCUUACAAAUUGAAAGUGGUCUUAGAAAUAAUAUCCUAGUUGAUAGACAGAAUGACGAAAGAAAUAAAAAUGUCACAACAGAAUCUAACAUGCGAAUGAAUUUAUUGGACAUCAUUAUACCAUCUAGUCCACAAUUCAACUAA